AUGGCUUCCCCAUACCAAUAUACCCCACUCUCUCCGAAGACCGACCAGAUCCGGCUGUUGACACUCCUGCCAGCAAGUGAUGAGAAUGAAGAAAUAGCCAUUACCUUGCAGAGCAUCUCAACGAAGGCGGCAGCGCGGAAUUACGAAGCCCUAUCCUACGUAUGGGGCUCGUCAGAGAACCCAGUAACUAUCAGGGUUGUUACUUCCUCCACCACCGUUGCAGUGGAGGACGUGUCUUCCUCAGCAUGUGUCACGGCGCCUCUGCGCGUGACACAGAAUCUCGCCAGCGCACUGCGCCAUCUUCGGUUUCGAGACUCUGCCCGCACACUAUGGAUAGACGCUGUCUGCAUCGACCAGCAGAAUAUACCCGAGAAGAGCGAGCAGGUGGGCAAGAUGGGCCAGAUAUACAAGUCAGCGGCUCGCGUGGUGAUCUGGCUGGGGCUAGCGUCGCCAGGAACUGACCUCGCUAUGCGAAUAUUGGGCUUCUUGGGCGAGUUUUUGCACUUCGAUCGCCGAGGCCAAACAUUCACGUCGACAUCGAAUGACCCGGACGAGUCUCACUGGGCCGACCUGGAUCAACCUCUCCCUUUUGAUGAGGCGCAGAUUCGUGCCUUGGAGGAGCUGUUCUGGAGGCCGUGGUUCGAGAGGCUCUGGGUGGUCCAGGAAGUGCUGCUCAGUGCAGAUGCCGUAGUGGUGUGCGGCAGGCAGGAGACAACGGCGCUGUCCGUCAAGGUCGCAGCCGCCCUUCUGGCCAAGAAGGCUACCAUGCCGAGCCGAUGCGACGGUUUAAGCGACGGCUUCUUACCUCGCCUGAGUCAGAUCCUGAACGUCUUUGAAGAGAGCCGCCAUCGCCAACUCUUGGAGUUGGUACGUGACACACGCGGGUUGAAAUGCGUUGACGACAGGGACAAAGUCUACGCUGUACUAAGCCUUGCCAAAGAUGGGGGCGAAAUCGAGCCUGACUAUUCCCUGAGUACAAUCGAGGUCUAUGGACAGCUUGCUAUUCUUUCGAUGAACCGCAACCAGCUAAGGUUCCUUUCUAGCUGCGAGCUCGGCAGUCGAAUGCUUAAUGGGCCAAGUUGGAUCCCGGACUGGACUACGGAAAGAAGGACAAAACGAAUCGAGUUUUUCAACGCGGCGACAUUCGCGUGUCAACCGGUUCACGUGAGCUCAGCUGAAGGAUGGAUCCGGGUUACUGCCGUUCGUGUAGGCACUGUUGUUGAUAUUGACGUUGUGUCCAUCCCAUCGGAGGACCCCAGCCUGAUCAUUCCCGAGAUCGUUCGCCUUUUGCCGGCUGAUAUUGAGUCCUCCACGUACAAGACAGGAUGCAGCUUGAUGGAAGCAUUCUCAGGCACUCUGAUCUGUUCGGGCUUCAGGCCACAGGUGCCUCAAAGCCCCCUAGCUCCAACACUGCAAAAGAGCAUGGGUAUUCUUCGCUCUGUAUUGCAAGGGGGGGACGGCUUUGGCUAUCAAGGCACCUCGGCCUCAGACAGAGCGAUAUACCUUGAUCAGGUCUACUCCUACACGAAGAACAGAGCCUUGGUGAGGACAGAGGAAGGUUAUAUUGGCCUGGCACCCUCGGGUGCGAAAGUAGGCGACACCAUCCUGGCGAUUUUGUCCUCUGAGUCCUUCACAGUUGUCCGACCCGCCCCCGGAAAUAAGGGCCGGUACAACGUCGUGGGGGAGGCCUUCCUCUACGGACUGAACAACGGCGAGGCUGUGCUGGGGCCCUUACCGGAUCAUGUCCGCGCCGAGGUACAUUUCGAUAUCGGGUCCGGUGGGUUCAUGUAUCGCGAUACCAGGUCGGGUGGCGUCUCACCGAUCGACCCGCGCCUCGAGGCCCUGGGAAUCCCUGGCGAGAUAGUCGCAGACAGGCAUGCCAAAUUGGUCUCCGGAGACGCAUUGGAGAAGGCGGGGAUUCGCCUGUCACAAAUUGAAUUAGUCUAG